AUGGGAUUCGUCGUUCUACCUGCUACACUCUCCGACAUCCGCUCCGUCUACGAUGUCUGGUUCGCCGCGUUCAGGGGCCAGGUCAUCUUGGACCUGAUAUACCCGGGUACCAACCUCGACGACGAAGCCUUCCGCAAGCUGCAUGCCGACGGCACCCUAGAAUACUGGAAAGGCCUUACGAUGGAAUACACCUUCAAAUGUGUCGACACAGAGACCGGAAAGAUUGUCGGCAUGGCAACCUGGCAGGUCUACUGGCGCGAACGGACGGCCGAGGAGCGUGUGAAGCCGUGGAUUGGAUGGUUAGAAGGCCAGCAACGGGAGCGUGCAGAGACGUUCCUGGGACAGCUGUGGGAGAAGAGGGAGAAGUAUAUCGGGGAAAAGAGACAUGUUUACUGCCAUACGGUUGCCGUUCACCCCGAUUACCAAGGCCGGGGAGUUGGAAAGAAACUGAUGCAAUGGGGGUUGGAUAUCGCCGAGCAGCUCAAGGUGCCGAUUUAUCUGGAGUCGACGCACGAGGGCCGGUCACUGUACGAGCGACUGGGAUUUGCGACGCUACAGGAGGGAGUGGUCUUCAAGCCGGAAGUAACACAGUUGAAGGAGGAUAUUGAGGCGCCGCUGAUGGUGAGAAUGCCGGCUGCGGCAGGAGGGAUGACAUUUGAGCAGUGGAUGGAUGGGGGGUAUUCGCGACUGUAG